AUUAUUACCCAGCAUUCAACACGCCGGACCACAUAAUUGCAAUUUGGAGUAUUAUGAACGGAUUGAUUGCUCUAUGGAGGUAUAAAUCAAAGCCCUGUAUCAUAAUGCAACUUUUGGGAAAGACGAUAGGACACAUAACAUCAUACUUUUGAUGAAAUACCUAUCUAAAUUAGUAAAAAUCAAUUAGUGGCAGUCACGUGACUUCCUUUUAUUUUUCGGCCAUAUUGAGUCCGAAACAAGUUCGAGUUAGGGUGGAAAACAUUGGUUCUUUUCCACUUCUGAGACGAUAGAUUCGAACAGGGAUUAACAAAAGAAUAGAUCAACAUGGGGAUUAAAUUCCUCGAGUUUGUGAAGCCGUUUUGUGCGGUCCUUCCAGAGAUACAGAAGCCUGAAAGAAAGAUUCAGUUCAGAGAGAAGGUGCUAUGGACAGCCAUCACUCUGUUCAUCUUCCUGGUGUGUUGUCAGAUCCCUCUGUUUGGUAUCAUGUCAUCAGACUCUGCUGAUCCUUUCUACUGGAUGAGAGUAAUCAUGGCCUCCAACAGGGGAACUCUCAUGGAGUUGGGUAUCUCCCCCAUCGUCACCUCAGGUCUCAUCAUGCAGCUUUUGGCUGGUGCCAAGAUUAUUGAGGUCGGUGAUUCACCAAAGGACAGAGCUUUGUUCAAUGGAGCCCAGAAAUUGUUUGGUAUGGUGAUUACUAUUGGUCAAGCUAUUGUCUAUGUAAUGACUGGAAUGUAUGGAGAUCCUUCUGAUAUUGGAGCUGGUGUCUGCCUCCUCAUCAUUAUUCAGUUGUUUGUUGCUGGACUUAUUGUAUUGUUGCUGGAUGAGUUGCUACAGAAAGGCUAUGGUCUUGGCUCUGGUAUCUCACUGUUCAUUGCCACCAACAUUUGUGAAACCAUUGUCUGGAAGGCAUUCAGUCCUGCUACAGUCAACACAGGAAGAGGAACUGAGUUUGAAGGAGCAAUCAUCGCUCUUUUCCAUCUCUUGGCCACAAGAAGUGACAAAGUAAGAGGUCUUCGUGAGGCUUUCUACAGACAAAACCUUCCCAAUUUGAUGAACCUCAUGGCAACCAUCCUAGUCUUUGGAAUUGUCAUAUACUUCCAGGGAUUCCGUGUGGAUCUUCCAAUCAAGUCAGCUCGUUACAGAGGUCAAUACAGUUCAUACCCAAUUAAGCUGUUCUACACUUCUAAUAUACCAAUCAUCCUCCAGAGUGCUCUAGUGUCUAAUCUCUACGUCAUCUCACAGAUGUUGGCAGCAAAAUUUAGUGGUAACUUUUUCAUCAAUCUUUUGGGCGUGUGGGCUGAUGUUGGAGGUGGCGGCCCUGCCAGAAGCUAUCCUAUUGGGGGUCUUUGCUACUAUCUGUCACCCCCAGAAACCCUUGGUCACGUUGCUGAGGAUCCCAUCCACGCAGUCCUCUACAUCGUGUUCAUGUUGGGAUCAUGUGCAUUCUUUUCUAAAACUUGGAUUGAUGUAUCAGGGUCCAGUGCUAAAGAUGUUGCUAAGCAACUGAAAGAGCAACAGAUGGUAAUGAGAGGUCAUCGUGAAACAUCGAUGAUCAAAGAAUUGAAUAGAUACAUCCCUACUGCAGCUGCCUUUGGUGGUUUAUGUAUAGGAGCUCUCUCAGUCCUAGCUGAUUUCCUUGGUGCCAUCGGCAGUGGAACAGGUAUCCUAUUGGCCGUGACAAUUAUCUAUCAAUACUUUGAGAUCUUCGUAAAAGAACAGAGUGAAAUGGGUGGAAUGAGCACUCUACUAUUCUAGAUAUUUAAUAAGCAAUGACUCAUGAUACAAAAAAAUAACAAAAAUGGAUCUUGGCCUUAGAUCUUAAGUUUUAACUUGAGAGUUUACAAGAUUCUUCAAAAAAAUAACAGAUGAUUUUAGAAUGUUCCGUGACAUAGAAAUGCAAAUGGACAUUGUGAUAGCAUAAAACUACAGUAGCCUCGGGCUGAAUAAUUCGGCGAUGUUUAUUGGACAGAGUAACAGGAAGUGCAGAUCUCAGAAGUUACCCAAAAUGCUUUGCUGAUUGAUUCCGAUGAUCCUUUCUUAAUUUCUCUGGUACUUAACAGCUUCAUUCUUAUAUCAAUUGAAAGUCAGGACUGAAUUGUGAAAAUAAAAUAGGAAAUUAAAAAAGGAUCUUUGAUGAAGAAUUAUUGUACAAUAAAGGUGUGUUUUGACUCAUGUUUGAAUAUUUUCAUCCAACAUGUUUCAUCCUCAACCAUACAGAGCUCAUAACAGUUCAAGUAUUUUAGUAAUCAUUGAAAGUCAUGCUCAUUAGUACAAAACAUGCCAUUCAUUUAUACAGUAAUUCAUAAUAAUAAGUGUUGAUUUUCUUCGAUAUUGGUAGCAGGGAAAAUAUGUAGAUAUUUAAAUUUGUCAUUUACAGUUAAACGUGUCAUGAUUCUGAGAAACAACUCCAAAUGGAAUUGAUGAUUAAUAGAUGUCCAUUGUAUUUUAUGAAACCACCAGUUGUACAUUUUAAGAAAGUGACAUGUAUGCAAGUUGUAAUAUUGAUCUGUACAGAAAUACUGUAUAUUGAAAUAAACUUGCUAAUAU